GUGCUUGUUGUUAUUGUUGUUGUUGAAUUCAGAGGCGCGGGUCAACCAUGUACCACGCCAAGAAAUUCUCGACGGCGAGCUUAGUCCCGCAUAAACAACCUCAGAGUUCUGAGCAGCUGGCGAGUGAUUCAUCACUGAAAAACCCAACUCCUUGUGCUUCUAAUUCCGCUUCCGGUUCCGCUUCCGCCGGAAACGGCAAACAACGCCUCCGCUGGACCUCCGAUCUCCACGACCGCUUCGUCGAUGCCAUCUCUCAGCUUGGUGGACCAGAUAGGGCCACACCUAAAGGUGUUCUGAGAGUGAUGGGUGUUCCUGGUUUAACCAUAUAUCAUGUGAAGAGCCAUUUACAGAAGUAUCGUCUUGCAAAGUAUCUGCCAGACUCUCCAGCUGAUGGUUCUAAAGAUGAGAAGAAAGGUUCUGGAGACAGUCUCUCUUGUUCAGAUUCUUCUCCUGGGGUGCAAAUUAAUGAGGCAUUAAGGAUGCAGAUGGAAGUUCAGAAGCGACUUCAUGAACAACUUGAGGUUCAAAGACAACUACAGAUGAGAAUAGAGGCUCAGGGGAAGUACUUGCAGAAGAUCAUUGAGGAGCAACAGAAACUUGGUGGCGUCCUAAAAGGGUCUGAUGCAUUACCAUCAGCAGAAGAUAAGCAAAAGCCAUCCCAGUUGGAGACACCUAGUGAUGCAUCUACAAUGUUGUCAUCUCCCCGAAAAAAACACAGGAUGGAUGAUUUGUUGCCAAGUGAUCGCACUGCGUCUGAUCUGCCUCCAAAAGCUGACCAGAAAAAUGAAUUUGUUGGUCAGUGGGAUCGGGACAUCUACCCUGGUGAUGGUGGAUGUGGUUUCAACUUGCAAACAGAAUUAAAAGGGGCAGAAGCUGGCGUUGCUACCCAUAAAGGGCCUCUGGAGCUACGUCCCUUGUGUGAUUCAGAACAAUAGGGAUUUCAGCUGAUAGUGUUUGAUGAAUGCUGGCACCAGCAAUUAUAAACUAUGCUAUGUAUACCACGUAUAAAGAACUCCAGUCCAUUUGUAAUUAUACAAUGUAUGCGCUACUUCUAUUUUCUCUCACAUUUAGUGCAAGUAGUAGAAUGUAUUUUCCAACUCAAUGCAAUGCGAUGGUUUCAUGCA